AUGUGGAAACCAGAUUGGUGCCAAGGUAAGAGACCUAUAAUUAAGGUGAAAUCCGCAGGAAGCCCUUGAAAAUACGUGAAGAAAUUGCUUUCCAGGUUGGAAGAGCAUGUUCGAAGCGUUGGAAAUGAUGGAGAAGACGUAUGACUGCAAAAACACAAUCAUUGUCUGUCCAUGGGGAGAAAAGGUGAGUUCAAACAUUGGUUUUCCGAAUGUAAAGCUCUGUACAACAAAUUGCAAUAGAUAAAAAUAUUUUUAUUAUAUGUAUAUCAAUCUGUAAGGAAAGUAAUGUGGAUACGUUGCUUCUUGGAAUUGCCAUCAUCGCUUUGCGACGGCUUGCCGCGGCUGAAGAGUUGACGCGCGACUGCGACGAAUGA